AUGACUAUUACACAGGAACAGCUUGAAGCUCUUGAAAGAAGACUUCAACAAACUAUUGACGAGAAAGUUAAUAACUUGCGUACAGAAUUAAUUAGUGAAGCUAGAUCUAUUGUUGAAAGCUAUCAACGUUCUGAUAGAACGGCUAGCAGAUUACAGGACGCUUUAGACAAAAUUAAGCAAGAAGUUUUACGCACAGUAAGAUCAUCUGUGGCAACACAAAUUGCUGCAAUUCGUACUCAGCAAGAUAGAGAUAUUUCUCAACUUACAACGACUGUUACUUCAACAAUUAAUGAAAGGCUUCGUGCAUUCAAAGCUGAAGUUGCUGAAUAUACUAGUAACGAUCGAAAUUCUGCAAGAGAUUCGCAAGUUGUAACUUUAGAACAUCAAAUCAAGCUUUCUCUCCAGCAAAUUGAUACAACAAAUGCUUCGUUCCAGCAGCAAUUUGCUUCAGUUAUCAACAUGAUUCGUAAGGAAAAAACGGAUAUUGCGGGCAGAGCCAACGAAACUACAGCAUCUCAGCAACAAGUUGAUGAAGAAGAACGUAAGAUUCGUCAUCUUCAAGCUGAGAUUGCUGCACGUGAUAAACACCUUGCAGAAGAAAAAGCUUUCCUUCAACAACAGACAGAAGCAUUUAUCAAGGAAAAACGACAAGCAGAAAGAAUGAGAAACCAAGCUCGCAGAUACGGACAAGAUAACGAUAUAGAAAAGUCAAUCCUCAAAGAAUUACAAAGUAUUAGGAGAAGUCUUGGCUCUUCUGUUGCUACUGGAGCAUCAGGAGUCAUUGCACAGCUAAAGAAGGAAGUUGACCUUCUUGCACAAGAAAGAGAUCGCAUGAAGAACACAAGAGAUAUGAUGAUUAGAGCAAUGGCCGUUCCAGGACCCGACAUGGGAAUGGGAUACUCUAGAUUUGGGCCACCAACAAUGUCUAGAUUCCAAGGAAGUAUGUAUCGUGAUUAA